AUGCCGGCCGGCCGUGCCGCGCGCACCUGUGCGCUGCUCGCGCUCUGCCUGCUGGGCAGCGGGGCCCAGGAUUUCGGGCCGACGCGCUUCAUCUGCACCUCGGUGCCGGUGGACGCCGACAUGUGCGCCGCGUCCGUGGCCACCGGCGGCUCCGAGGAGCUCCGAAGCAGCGUGCUGCAGCUCCGCGAGACCGUGCUGCGGCAGAAGGAGACCAUCCUGAGCCAGAAGGAGACCAUCCGAGAGCUGACCACCAAGCUGGGCCGCUGCGAGAGCCAGAGCACGCUGGACACGGGCGCGGGCGCCGGCGCGGGCGAGGCCAGGGCGGCCGGCGGCCGCAAGCAGCCCGGCUCCGGCAAGAACACCAUGGGCGACCUGUCCCGGACGCCAGCCGCGGAGACGCUCAGCCAACUCGGGCAAACUUUGCAGUCGCUCAAAACCCGUCUGGAGAACCUCGAGCAGUACAGCCGCCUCAAUUCCUCCAGCCAGGCCAACAGCCUCCGCGAUCUGCUGCAAAGCCAGAUGGAUGACCUGGAGCGCCAGGUGCUGUCCCGCGUGAACGCCCUGGAGGAGGGCAGGGGGGCGCCCAAGAACGACACGGAGGAGCGAGUCAAGAUCGAGAGCGCCCUGAGCGCGCUGCACCAGCGCAUCAGCGAGCUGGAGAAAGGUCAGAAAGACAGCCGCCCCGGAGACAAGUUCCAGCUCACGUUCCCACUGCGGACCAACUACAUGUACGCCAAGGUGAAGAAGAGCCUGCCGGAGAUGUACGCCUUCACCGUGUGCAUGUGGCUCAAGUCCAGUGCGGCCCCGGGCGUGGGCACGCCCUUCUCCUACGCCGUGCCCGGCCAGGCCAAUGAGCUGGUGCUCAUCGAGUGGGGCAACAACCCCAUGGAGAUCCUCAUCAAUGACAAGGUGGCCAAGCUGCCCUUCGUGAUCAAUGACGGCAAGUGGCACCACAUUUGCGUCACCUGGACCACCCGGGACGGCGUCUGGGAGGCCUACCAGGACGGCACCCAGGGCGGCAGCGGCGAGAACCUGGCACCCUACCACCCCAUCAAGCCGCAGGGCGUGCUGGUGCUGGGCCAGGAGCAGGACACUCUGGGCGGCGGAUUUGACGCCACACAGGCAUUUGUGGGCGAGCUGGCCCAUUUCAACAUCUGGGACCGCAAGCUGACCCCGGGGGAGGUGUACAACCUGGCCACCUGCAGCACCAAGGCCCUGCCCGGCAACGUGAUCGCCUGGGCCGAGUCCAACAUCGAGAUCUACGGCGGAGCCACCAAGUGGACGUUCGAGGCCUGCCGCCAGAUCAACUGACCGCCCGGCUCGUGCCCGCGCCCCCUGCUUGUGCGGUGAUGACCUGUCCGUCUCUCCUCCCCCUGCCCCCAGGAAUGAGUCAAGGCCAUGGCCCCUGCACACGCACACACACACAGCCUGGUUCUGUCCUCCCCACGCACUUGAAGCAGUCCUGGCUCAUCCGCCCCCGAGGAAGCCCCUUCCCCACGCAGGGGCCCCGACUGCUUCCCAGCGAGAGCGGGCGGCCGCGGCGUGGAUGUCUCGAACAUUGCAGCAGUAGGUGAGAGGGCUUGUGAGUGCAGCCUGAGCGCCCGUGAGUGUGUGUGUGACUGUGUCUGAGUGUGAGUGUGCCCAGUGUCUGCUUGUACAUACCUGUGUGUGAGAGUGUAUCUGUGUCUACAUCUGAGUGAGAGCAUCUGGGAGCAUGCCCGUGUGUCUGCCUGUGCAUUCCUGUGUGUGUGUGUGUGUGUGCGAGAGUGUAUCUGAGAGUGUCUACGUCUGAGUGAGAGUGUCUGUGUCUGCCUGUAUGAGAGUGUGUCUGCCUGUGUGUGAGGUAUCUGAGUGUGUCUACGUCUGAGUGAGAGUAUCUGGGAGCGUGCCCGUGUGUCUGCCUGUGUGUGUGAUGUAUCCGAGUGUGUCUACGACUGUCUGUGAGUGUGCCCAUGUGUCUGCCUGUGUGUGUGAUGUAUCUGAGUGUGUCUACAACUGUGAGUGUGCCCGUGUGUCUGCCUGUGUGUGUGAUGUAUCCGAGUGUGUCUAUGCCUGAUCUGGGAGUGUGCCCGUGUGUCUGCCUGUGUGUGUGAUGUAUCCGAGUGUGUCUACGCCUGAUCUGGGAGCAUGCCCGUGUGUCUGCCUGUGCAUUCCUGUGUGUGUGUGUGUGAGAGAGUGUAUCUGAGAGUGUCUACGUCUGAGUGAGAGCGUCUGUGUCUGCCUGUAUGAGAGUGUGUCUGCCUGUGUGUGAGGGUGUAUCUGAGUGUGUCUACAUCUGAGUGAGAGUAUCUGGGAGCGUGCCCGUGUGUCUGCCUGUGUGUGUGAUGUAUCUGAGUGUGUCUAUGACUGUGAGUGUGCCCAUGUGUCUGCCUGUGUGUGUGAUGUAUCUGAGUGAGAGCGUCUGUGUCUGCCUGGGAGUGUGUCUGUGUGUCUGCCUGUGCAUACCUGUGUGUGUGUGUGAGGGUGUAUCUGAGUGUGUCUACGACGGUCUGGGAGCGUGCCCGUGUGUCUGUGCAUACCUGUGUGUGUGUGUGAGGGUGUAUCUGAGUGUGUCUACGACUGAGUGAGAGCGUCUGUGUCGGCCUGUGUCUGCCUGUGAGUGUGCAAGUGUGUCUGUGUAUCUGAGUGUGUCUACGUCUGAAUGAGAGCGUCUGUGUCUGCCUGUGCUCGUGUGUGUAUCUGCCUGUGUGUCUGAGUGUGUCUACGUCUGAGUGUGCCCGUGUCUGCCUAUGCUUGUGAGUACCCGUGUGCCUGUGUCUGUCUGUGUGUGAUGUAUCUGUGUGAACAUCUGUGUGUGCCUGAGUGUGCCCGUGUGUCUGCCUGUGCCUGUGUUUGUCUCUGAGUGUGUCUACAUCUGAAUGAGAGUGUCUGCCUGUGAGUGUGCCUGUCUGCCUGUGUGUGUGUGUAUCUGAGUGUGUGCAUCUGUGACAGUGUCUGCAUGUGCCGUGAGUGAGUGACUGUCUGCUUGUGAGUGAGUGUGGCUGGGGGAGUUCUUUUCCAAUCAAGUGUGUCACUUCCUCCUCUCUGUGGCUCCGGGAGUCUCGGGGUGGGCGAGCAGGCUGUAUCUGCCGACUUGGAGCUGCCUGUGCGCCUGGGGCCGGCACCGCUCCUAGCGCGGCCGCCUGCCUCCGUGUGUAAGCCGGGGCACAGCGACGCCCCUGCCCCGUGGAGUGGCUGUAAGAAGCCGGGGUCCUCGAUGCAGAGAGGUUUUUUUGGUGUUAGAUUUUCUCUGGCCACCCUGGGACUGUGCCUUCCCGUGUGGAGGGGGAGCUGCUGAGGGCCCAGGCCCCUGUCCCCUGUGCUGGGUCAGCAACCCUGCUCUUGGCAUCUGAGGGCAGUGCGGGCCCGGGAGGCUCGGCCAGCUCGCCCAGCUCACCCUGCUGUGUCCCAGGACCAUGCCUUCCCACCCCCCACGCCACCAAGACCUGAGUCCAGCCAGUGGGUGGGAGGGUCCUGCCCAUGCUCCCCCUCGUGAGCUGGCUCGGGCCCCUAGGAAGGGGUGACUGAAACCCACCGCUCGUCCCACCGGACUCGUUCCUGUAGAGGCCCCGACCCGUCACGGCCUAUGACACGGGAGACCCGAGCAGUGUCCACAACCUUCAACAUUCCUCUCCCCCACCGAGCUGCGUGAGCACCUCCGGCUAGUCGUUUGAGGAGGGGAGGAAGGGGUGUGUGUGUGUGUGCGUGUGUGUGUGCACGUGUGCGCGCGUGGCGUGAAAGCGAGAGCGCUCACAAGGGCCGUGCCCAGGACUGGUCGCCCGCC